ACUGUGAUGCUCAUGACUCUUGUGUUUUGUUCUCGGCAGGAAUCGCUCCAUUUCAGAGAGAUGGCCCAGGAGACCAAUCAAAGCCCCGUGCCCAUGCUCUGUGCCACCGGCUGCGGUUUCUACGGCAACCCUCGGACCAGUGGCAUGUGCUCGGUCUGUUACAAAGAGCAUUUAACACGACAAAACAACGGGGGAGUCAGUUCUAUUAGCACAAUGGCAGCUUCCAGCAGUGUCACCAGUAGUCCUACCUCUGAAUCCUCAGCCAUCCAGAUCAUCGAAGCUACACUAAACAACUCCUCGUCUGCUAGUGUUGAGUCACCCAACUCCACUGAUGCCCUUCCCGUUACACAACAGAUGACGGAGAUGAGCAUUUCCUGUGAAGACGAGGUGGUCUCGCUUAAAGUAGAAGUUCCUGAACCAGUCGUCACUCAGCCGACGGCGUCCGCCGCUCCUUCGAGCACAGCUGAAGGUGAAGAGACCAAAACACCCGAUGCCCCCAAACCCAAGAAGAACAGAUGCUUCAUGUGCCGCAAGAAGGUGGGCCUGACAGGGUUCGACUGCCGCUGUGGGAAUCUCUUCUGUGGACUCCAUCGCUACUCGGACAAGCACAACUGCCCCUACGACUACAAGGCAGAGGCUGCGGCCAAGAUCCGCAAAGAGAACCCGGUGGUGGUGGCCGAUAAGAUUCAGAGAAUAUAAAGCGCUCACCGUCUGCACCUCGACUUUGCGAGAGAUCAGCUACAAGGACUCGCACGUUGACCUGUGAUUCUAAAGACUAGUUUUUUUAAUUACAAUAUGGGAAAGAAUCUUGUUUCUAUGCCAGUGCAUGAGUGAUCACUGUUUCCACCUUUCUUUUGUUUUCUGUUGUUGGUAUAUGAGCUUCAAGUUAAAACACAUGGGGGGGGGGAGAAUAUCUAUAAAAGGUGUGAAGCCAGAGACAUUGCCUACCAUGUCUGUUUCUGAGUGGAAAAUGUGCUGUAACCUGGAAUCUGAUUGUGUUGAAGGCUGACCGUCCGUGGUGAUUGUCAUUAGUUAACUCUGUGAUCGUGUCUCCUGGUUGGACUCUCUGAAGACUGUUACGGAUCUGACCCGAGCGCCGUCAGAGCAGCAGUGCAUGACUGGCUCAUGUAGCAAAUGGACGCUCUGUUUCCUCUGGGUCAAACAUUCAGCCCUCCCAUUAUAGAGUCAGCCUUUACAACAUUUAUCAGCCACCUUUUCUGCUUGAGCAUCAGCCUGCGUCAGUUAUCCAGCUAUUGGAGUGAUGCUGGGGUUUCCUUUUCAUUCAACUGUUAAAAAUUAUUUUUAAACCAUUGACGGACUUUGUGAAAA